AUGGAUGCGGUAAAAAAUUUUUUUGAGUGUUUUAAUUAUCAUUGGAUUAUAAUCGUUGCCACUGGAAUUUACAUACAUUUAAGACAAAUUUGCAUUAUUGGAUUGUGUUUCGAUGAUGAUUUAAAUUUACCCUUCGAUCCAUCGUACGCAUCAGUUUUAUUCAUUUUCUCAGUAUUGUGUCUCCUUGCCGAGUAUAAAUUAUGGCCACGAUCUUUAAAGGAACCACCUGUUCAAUUAAUGAUUGUUUAUGAGAUGAUGGUAUCUUCUUUAGUAACAAAUUUAUCUAUGAAAGCAAUUUGGGUUCCACUUGUGAAUGCAAUUUGGUGUAUGACACAAGAAUCGAGUAGAUGGUUGGAGUGGUUGAAUGAUGCAUUGGGUCUAGAUCGUUAUUCGUUUCUUAAUGCACUUGCAGCUUACAUGUGCGAUGAAAUGGCCGCAUUUCACACAGCUUUUUGCUUAUCACUCUUAUCCUUCGUUUGGAUGCUGGACGCAACAGAAUCACUGGAUGGAAUUCUCGAUAUCUGGACCAAGUAGGAGGAGAAAUUUUUUUUGAGAAAUAAAGAUGGAAGUGGAGAUACUGAAUAUGAUGAUUCCGAUGAUGCUGAUUAUUUUUCUGACAAAUGCCAAAGUUUGGCUAGUGACGAUGUAGAAGAAU